GCGACGAGGAUGAGGAACGCGACGAGGGAGCAGCAAGAGACCGAUAAUCUCUCACCUCAUCACCCAGCGCAUCACCGCAUCACCAUCCCAUCGUCACCAGCUCACGAUCCAGCACAUCCGAUCAACCUCGGCACCGCGUCGAUGAAUUGAAGUGGCCAGAGCGCUGUCUCCAUCAUCGCCGUCAUCAAUCACCUCGACGAGGAACCCAGAAACCUCGUCAGUGAGGAGGUGGCUGCUGUGACCGCAGCGGUGAAGCGAGGCGGCCUCCCACGGGCCGACGUUCCGCCCUUCCUGCUGGACGUGAUGACGGCCGCUCGCUCGCUGCAGAUGCCCGGCGUGGAGCGAGCCGCCCUGGAGGCCCUCGGCUCCCGGCUCGAGCUGAGCAGCUGCACGCAGCUGCUCGCCAUCGCCAAGAGCCAUGCGCUCUCCCAGCUCAAGGAGCAGGUGUACAGGCUUCAUUAGCCAGCACUACCUGGAGGCGCUGCGCGAGCCGAGCCUGUACGGCCGCCUGUCGGCGUGCGAGCGCGACCUGGUGCUGUCUCGCCGCGCCGCCCAGGGCCGCCCCUCGCUCGUCGUGGCCCCGCUCGAGGCGGCCGCCGCGGCCACGGUGGCGGCCCGUGGGGGCAGCCGCGCGGGCAGCCGCGCGGGCAGUCGCCCGCAGAGCCCCGUGCCCAGCGAUGCGUCCUCGGCGUCGUCGUCGCUGACGACGGCUGAGGAUGGGGACGAGGAUGAGGACGAGGAGGGGGGGGAGGGUGCGGUGGCGAGGGGGAAGGCGAGGUGGAUGUACGCCUACAACGAGGAGGAGGCGGCAUGGGUGUCGCUGUCCCCACUGCCGCCCCACGUGAACCUGAGCGGCUGCGCUCUCUGCGUUUUCUACAACUACCUUAUCGUGGCCGGCGGGGUCACCCGGCCCGGCAAGGGUGCCACCGCCGCCACCGCCACACAGCCGAACACCGCCGCCACCACCACCACUGGCACAGGGGGCACGCACCAGGGCUCCGUGGCCACUGCCACCACGCCCUGCACGAGCGACGUGCGCCAUGGCACCAGCAAGCACCACCGCACCGGCAGCAACAACUCUACCGCCAGCAACAACUCGACCGGCAACAACAACAGCAGCGGCAGCGCUGGUCCACCAGCACAGCCCUCCGCCGCUCGCAGCACCGCCAGCACCGCCGCCACCGCCGCCACCGCCGGAACUCCGUCGGCGCAGGUGUGGAGCUACAACCCAAGCACCGACGUGUGGGCGCCGCUGCCCCCGAUGCAGCAGGCGCGGGCGCAGCUGCGGCUGGUGGCGUGCGACGGCGCCCUGUUUGCCGUGGGCGGCGAGUGCCUGCUGAGCGUCGAGCGCUACGACCCGCGGGCGGGCCGCUGGCGCCCCGUCGCGCCGCUGCCGCGUGGCUGCUUCGCAGUGGCGCACGAGGCGGCCGAGAGUGGCGGGGAGCUGUACGUGUCGGGCGGCUCGCUCUUCCGCCGCCUGCUGCGCUACUCGCCGCGGCACGACACCUGGAGCGAGUGCCCAAUGGCGCCCGGCCGGCACCGCUCCGCCGACAUGGUCGGCGUGGGGAGGUGGCUGCUGCGGUUUGAGAGCGAAAGGGCAGCCGCCGGUUCCGCUGCCGCCGCUGGUGGUGGAAGCAUCGCGUACGGUGCUGCUGCAGCUGCUUAUGCCGGUGCUGCUACCGGUGUUACGGCCGACAACAGCAGCAGCAAUGAAGCGACACAGAUUGUCACCGUCCAGCGCUACAACACGCACGCCAAGACGUGGUCCACGUUCGGGACACUGGGCGACCCGCGCGCCAUCCUGCACGCCGGUUCCGGAUUUGCCGGCGAGACGGCGCCACCGGCGGAGGUGCCGAAGCCCGGCGAGCGGCUGACGCGGUCGCUGGCGCCGCCGUUCCGCUGCGCCGCACUGGAAGAGGAGGUGUUCUGCGUGAGCCGCUCAUGCGCCAUGCGAUUCGACGCCGGCGACGAGGGCCACUUGAAAGCGGUGCCGACGUGGGAGGGCAGCAGCGUCGGCGGAGCGAGAGACAGGGCGGCCGCAGCGGCGCAGCCGGACCCGGCGCUCGCUGCCACCGUCGCCGUACGGGCCUUGGGGCCGGUGCCGUCCGGACGAGGCCUGCCCGUGCCGUUCAUCUUGUGCUUGCCCGAGCACAUCUUCGGCGGCGGCGGUGGAGCUGGCGGUGGCUAUCGGGAGACGUAGGGAGCAGUGCCUCGCUGGCACCCAUCGCUCCGUUUGCUGUGAGCGACGCUGCUCCUCCUCCUACGCCUUUCUGGUCAUCGUUGUCGUGACCACAAUGUCGGCUGCCGUCAGCCACCGACUGGUGUCCUUCACGAGCCGAGUUGGUGCAGAGAGGCCGCGCCUCAUUACAGCUGACAGGAGCGGCUGGGCGCAAGUCCACUCAAACCAACGUACCACACCACCACCCUGUGCACUCCUUUCCCACACCAUCCCAUCUCUUCUCUAGCCUGUGCCGUGCCCUACCCGUGCUGUGCCCAUUUAACCCCCCCCCCCCCCCCCCCACCACUAUGUGGACAAAGCAAGGCUGCUUGGCCAUACCAGGCCCGGUGGAUCUGUUGCCUUCUGUGCUCGUCUACAAAACGGCUCUGAAACGUCAACACGUGCCAGUGUUCAACUUAGACGCGUGCGGGUCGUCGCCACGGUACGUUUGAUCCCGCAGCUUUCGCUGGGGGCUUGGCAUGUGACCUCCAAGAACGGCCUCUUGCUUCUGGCUCGAGGUCUUCCCAUUGGUCGCUGACCUCUGGGUGCCACUCCCAAACACCUGGCACGGUCAACUGACCUCCUCCACCCUGCACACGUGCCCCACCCAUCCAGAGACUGCUCCUCACAUUUGCUGAUUACACAUACUGCGCACUCUGUUCUCCUGUAACGCGUUAUAGUUUUAAUAAUGCCAAGUGGAUAGAACGUAAUGAAUGUAUGAGGGAACACAAUCUGUGUUUAAAUAAAGACGAUACGAAUUGGAUGUAACGCGAUUGAGCGAACGGAACUACGUCACGCGAGUAGGAACGAGCGGUCGUACGGCUGCCUCGGCGUAGCAUCAUCAUCGCACGCUGCUGGAUGCUUCUAGAUGCAACCCUGCACUCGGUUUUUGUUUGGCCUGCGUACGCAUCUCACGUGUUGUCGCGGACUUCGCUUUACCCUAUAUUAUCAUUCAUUACAAUGUGAUUUUUCUUCAGGAACGCAACUACUAUCACCAUGUUGUAGGGGAACAGACUCUGCAUUACGCUUUCCUGCCACGUCAUAUGCAGUACUUCCAAGUUGCUCAACCCCUUAUCCUCCAUCCUCCGUGCAUGCCCUCCCCAUCCCAAACCUCCUCCUUUUCACAACAGUUUUUUUUGAGUUAGAUCACAUAAAUAUAAAUGUGUCGUUAAAUCCACCACCAGAAACAGCAACACAAGCUGAUACACAACAACACAAGCUGAUACACAACAACUACAACACAAGCUGAUACACAACAACACAAGCUGAUACACAACAACACAAGCUGAUAACAACAACACAAGCUGAUACACAACAACACAAGCUGAUACACAACAACACAAGCUGAUACACAGCAACACAAGCUGAUACACAACAACACAAGCUGAUAACAACAACACAAGCUGAUACACAGCAACACAAGCUGAUACACAACAACACAAGCUGAUAACAACACAAGCUGAUACACAACACACAAGCUGAUACACAACAACAACACAAGCUGAUACACAGCAACACAAGCUGAUACACAACAACAACACAAGCUGAUACACAACAACACAAGCUGAUACACAACAACACAAGCAGAUACACAACAACAACAACACGAAAGUGUUUGUUCGUAUUGGAUCGCUUUUUUCAUGAGAGUUAUCGUGCCACGCCGCACCGCUGUCAGGCGAGAUGAUGGGCAAAGCUUUUUUUUUACCAUUCGUCCAUGAAAGCGUUCAAAAUAAGAAUAAUGAUGAUAAAAGAGGGGCGAAGGCAUUUGGCCUGGUUAAACGUAGGCGAUGUUUGUGAUGGGGCAUUAGAGAGGUCCGGGGUUUUUUGAAAACAAAACAAUGCUUUUGCCUUUGCAAAUAGAAUGUCGUCUCGAGUGCCAAAAUGAUGCUGAUGCAGUGCCGCUGCUGCUACUGCUGCUCGCUCAACGUCUGUGCAACCCAUACUUGACCGCACCUCGUUGGGCACAACACAAUCCUCCCAUCACCACCACCACCUCCACCCCCCACCACCUCUACCCCUCCAAAGCCCUUUGUCGGUUGAGGCUUCUUGCUGCUUGGCUGAAGACUUUGUUUGAUCAAAGGGCCUCUUUUUGGUAGGCCAAAAACUGCCCUCUGCAUGGCUUACAGCAGGAGUGUUCUUCAUUGCAAGGGUCCCCAUGGGGCCACUGGCGGCCCCUGAUGGCCUUGACGGUGCAUCAUCAAGAGGGCCGGUGGCUCGUGGCUGGCUACCAGUGGAGUGGCCCUGCAAUGUUGCCGUCUUAUGUCAUUGCUGGCGGAAUGUAGGCCUCGACUAGAGGGAGCCCCAAGAGCCAGAAGGCGCUUGGCCUACUCUUCCACGUUUUGCAAGGCCCCGGUGGGGCUCACGGGCGGCCCCCCAGUGGCCUUUGAAUGUGGCCCCUGACGGUGCGGCCCCCUCAACAAUACACAAAUAGUGAAAACACCCCUCCCUUCCCCCAUCAUCACCAUGCUUCUUCUUUCGUAUGGAUUAAUAGCAGCAGAUUAGAGACAUCAUUUUAGAUGUUGUUAUCGAGACAGCAGCGGCGGCGGCGGGAAAGUGUUCACGAUGCGGGUCGAUGGUUUGGGAUUCGUGGCCGCACCACUCACAGGCCGCCGAAUCUUUCAUGGCGCUAUUAAUGGCAUCAGGUGGCCACAUCAGCCACAUGGCCUGGUCCUGAUUCGGUUGAUGAUCGAGCAUUGUCAAACCCCAAUGGUCUUUUAAAUAUGUGGUGGCGACCCUCAGACUGAUAAUGUCUUAUCAGCGAGUAAAGAAUUCUGGCUUACGGCUUUCUCCCAUCGUGCUUAAUCCCAUCGUUUGAAAUUUGCAUCACUUCGGCCCCAAUGCACUGCUAUACGAUCCUCAACUAGGCCUAAAUCCUGAGGCGCAUGCAGUUGUGAGGCCUUCUAUUUGGCCGAAGAGAAACGCUAAGGCCUGGUACACGUGAAUACAAACUGCUGCGGUAUUUCACUGAUUGGCAACUGGUAUGACCAGGGCCUGCCUGAAGUGCACAAGGCUUAGCCUGAAUAAUCUUCAAUCUCGAUAUAUUUUUUUACUUGGCCUACAGAUUUCAGGGCAGAGACAGAAGGCUCUUUGCAUGGUCCACAUUUGUCCCAGCUUACCCCGAACGAGCCUUCUCCAUAUAUGAAGGUCAUGGUAUUGGCAAUAAGGGCACAUUCUUUCCUAAAACGUAUUUUUAGGCCUAAAUAACCGGCAUCUCAUUCUGAAUCUAUCUUGCUCAGACUAGCGAUAGCAGACACAUUGCAUGGGCCUACAUUUGCUUUUUUUUCCCGACUUGGCCUAAGAGUUCGUCUGCUUGAUUUAAGGGUUAUAAUUCCCAGCCCUGGUGGCCAUUUGCAUGGCCCCAGAAGUCUUGCGCCAGGCUUAAAGUGCACUACACGUGGCCCCACGGGCCCAACUUGCUCGUCCUCAGAAGCCGAGCUUUGGCCUUGAGGCCCUCCUGAUGGAUUUGCAACGUCUCCUCCACACUCUUUGCUCUUUGCACAUAGCAGGCCAUUCUGCUCAGAGCUAUUUGUCACAAGAUGAGGGGGAAGCUCGCUAAAGAGUGCUUUAUCGUUUGCAAAGCCAUGAAAUGCUAUUUUUUGUACAUAGUAGUUUUGAAACGCGUAGACACUAAACAGAAAGCUAUUUUGAGAUUUGGUUCGGGCGCGCACGGCUGGAUUUGUACUGAGAAGCCAAGAAUGCGAUGAAAGGAGUGCACUUUGAGCGGCCGCGUAGACUCCAACUUUACUCCUGUCGAUUCCAAACAUGUGUACCUGAAACACGGGGAGUGGCUUUAAAAGUUGUAAAAUCUCCUGGAGAUGUAGAUGCCACUGGUUCUUCAUGUUCUGCAGAUGUAGAUGCCACUGGUUCUUCAUGUUCUGCAUAUCUAGAUGCCACUGGUUAUUUAUGUUCUGCAGAUGUAGAUGCCGAUGGUUCUUUAUGUUCUGCAGCUGUAGAUGCCACUGGUUCUUUAUGCUCUGUAGAUGUAGAUGCCACUGGUUCUUUAUGCUCUGUAGAUGUAGAUGCCACUGGUUCUUCAUGUUCUGCAGAUGUA